CCCACACCACCAAAGCCCACCAAGCCUCAAACGCCCACGUUGGAGCAGUAGCAGCAGCACAGAGCCAGAGCCAACCAGCCGUUCGAUCGUCCAACGCAGACGGAUCCGAUGGCCCUCGCUCUCUCCGGCUCCGCUGCUGCCCGCGCGCUCGCCCAGCGGCUGGCCCCGGCCACCGCCAGGGGCUACGCGGCGGCGGCCUCCUCCGGGGCGAUGAGGCGCGGCGCCGCGGCGGCCGCGGACGGGAAGGCGGCCAGGGAGGCCGAGAAGGCCGCGGCCGACGCCUCGUGGGUGCCCGACCCCGUCACCGGCCACUACCGCCCCGCCAACCGCGCCGCCGGCGCCGACCCCGCCGACCUCCGCGCCGCGCACCUCGGACAGACCUACGCACGGGCCUGAAGCCCGGCUC